AUGGCAGCUGCAAGUCCUUCAGAAUUCAGUAAUCCCUUGAGAAAGUUCAAAUUAGUGUUUUUAGGUGAACAAAGUGUUGGAAAAACUUCGUUAAUUACCCGGUUUAUGUAUGAUACUUUCGAUAACACGUACCAGGCUACAAUCGGAAUAGAUUUUCUAUCAAAAACCAUGUAUUUGGAAGAUAGAACUGUCAGAUUGCAAUUAUGGGAUACAGCUGGUCAGGAAAGAUUCCGUAGUUUAAUUCCAAGCUAUAUUCGUGAUUCUUCUGUAGCCGUGGUCGUAUAUGAUAUUACAAAUCGGAACUCAUUUAUGAAUACUGCUAAAUGGAUCGAUGAUGUUCGUGCUGAAAGAGGUAAUGAUGUAAUUAUUGUACUGGUUGGCAACAAGACAGAUUUAAAUGACAAAAGGUACAUGAAAGCUAAAGAAUUUAAUGUCAUGUUUAUCGAGACAAGUGCAAAAGCUGGACAUAAUGUUAAAACACUCUUCCGUAAAAUCGCUCAGGCUUUGCCCGGAAUGGAGAAUACAAUGAAUGAGCCUCAAAAUCAACUCAUUGAUGUCAACAUCAAUUCUGGCACUCAAAAUAACAGCGAAGGAAAUAGUUGUGCUUGUUAA